GGAGGGGAUUGGAACACCUGAAUCACAUGAUAUGGAGGGGAUUGGAAACCUGAACCUGAAUCACAUGAUAUGGAGGGGAUUGGAAACACCUGAACAUCACACGAUUGGAGGGGAUUGGAACACCUGAAUCACAUGAUUGGGAGAGGAUUUGGAACACCUGAAUCACAUGAUAUGGAGGGGAUUGGAACACCUGAAUCACAUGAUAUGGAGGGGAUUGGAACACCUGAAUCACAUGAUAUGGAGGGGAUUGGAACACCCGAAUCACAUGAUUGGGAGGGGAUUGGAACACCUGAAUCACAUGAUAUGGAGGGGAUUGGAACACCUGAAUCACACAUGAUUGGGAGGGGAUUGGAACACCUGAAUCACAUGAUAUGGAGGGGAUUGGAACACCUGAAUCACAUGAUAUGGAGGGGAUUGGAGCACCUGAAUCACAUGAUAUGGAGGGGAUUGGAACACCUGAAUCACAUGAUAUGGAGGGGAUUGGGAACACCUGAAUCACAUGAUUGGGAGGGGAUUGGAGCACCUGAAUCACAUGAUAUGGGAGGGGAUUGGAGCACCUGAAUCCCAUGAUUUGGGAGGGCGGGGACAAUACUUUUGGCAAUAUAGUGUAUAUUGUA